AUGGAGGACGACAUAGCUACUCAUGGCUGCGUCAUGUUCCUCCCAGAGAAGCCUUCUUCUCCGACGCUUCAAAUCUUAGCCUUCGAGACGGCUAAAAAUAUGUCACGCCUCAUUGCCUUGUAUAAAUCUCUCACCGACGAGGAAUUCUCUAAGCUACGGAACGGCACCGUGAGGUCCGCUGGCGUUGUAUUCUUGAACUCCACCAAUGAAUCUUAUCUUCUCGGCCUUGCUUGUAAAGAGAAGCUCGAGGAUCUCAAUCAGAUUGCUUCCGUUGUUUCGCGUUUGAGUAAACGCUGCGUCAAUGAAGAACUCACCAGGUUCGAAACAGCAUACCAGAUCAUGAAACAGGGAGUCAUCGACAUCAGCAACCUCGAUUUUAAUUCCAAGAACGCAGUGAAAAUUAUUGAGAAGAUGGAGAAAUAUGCUAGGGCAACGUCUUUGUUAUACACCUCUUUGACAGGCCUCAACGAGUUGGAGUUAUCGGAGAAAAGAAUGCAGAGAUCGAACAAUGAAAACAUCAACGAUAAAAUCUCUUUCCAAAGGAAACAGGUUCGACAUUUCAAACAUGUUUCCCUGUGGAACAAAAAAUUCGACAAGAUCGUAGCGCUAAUGGCACGAAUCAUCUGCACUGUUUACGCGAGGAUCUGUGUACUUUUCGGAGUCUAUGCUCCGGGCCUUCUGGCCACCGUCACCACCACCACCACCAAAAGACGUUCCAUCAGACGCCUCUGUGUUUCGCACACGAAAGCUUUCCACAUGAAGCCGAAGGUCUAUCCAGAGGCGGAUUAUGGUGGUCGUUAUGUGAAAGAAGACGAUAAAAUGAAAAAGAUCUCCAAAUCGGGUCCGAUUCUCAUAGCAUCUAAGAUGAAGCGAGGUGCAACCCGUUUCAUAAGCAGCGAACUAUCACCUGAAUCCGAAGGCCUAGGGUUCGGGUUCUUACUUCCCGGUGUCACCAUGACCAACAAAGCCUCCACCAACGUAAACCAAAGGUUGAUACAAUCGACUCCGGCGAACACCGUAGGAGCAUCAGGGCUCGCCUUUCGGUACGCGAACAUAAUCAUCAAUGCAGAGACUUACUUUCACUCGACGACGAUCAUCACGGACGACGCACGCACGCACAUGUUCGAGAUGUUACCGAUAAACCUGAAACAAACGCUGAGAGGGAAACUGAGAUGUCAAUGUCACAAGGAUGAGCGCGAAAGCCAGGGGUUGGCAGAAUGGUGGAAAGAGGCGUUGGCGGAAAUAAUAGGGCGGUUGGCUCCGGUGGCGCGCGAUACACUAAGGUGGCAGCUAGAGAGGAACUUGGAGCAGCAAAAAUUGGACGCAAGGCCAACGGUUCUAUUGUUCCAAACGCUGCAUUUCUCGAAUUUGGAGAAAACGGAGGCGGCAAUCGUGGAGAUGUUGGUAGGGUUGAGUUAUAUAUAUAGGUACGAGAAUCGGCGGGAGAAGAAUGAUGUUGGUACAUGA